ACUCACAAAUGAGUAUUAUUUGUCCUUUUUUAAGGCAUAUUUCAUGUUGAACGGGCUAAACGGUUUAAAACUUGUGGAAUAAUCAAGAUGGUCGCUCAGAAAAAACAAAAAAAGACUAUUGAAAGUAUAAAUGCUCGUCUGGCUCUGGUGAUGAAAUCGGGGAAGUAUGUCUUGGGUUACAAGCAAACCUUGAAAACACUAAGGCAAGGAAAAGCAAAGCUGGUAAUAAUUGCCAACAACACUCCACCACUAAGGAAAAGUGAAAUUGAAUAUUAUGCUAUGCUGGCCAAAACAGGAGUCCAUCAUUACUCUGGUAAUAACAUUGAGUUAGGAACUGGUUGCGGGAAGUACUUCAGAGUUUGUGCAUUGAGCAUCACAGACCCAGGUGACUCGGACAUCAUUAAGAGCAUGCCGUCAGAGCAACAGUAAUGGGUGGAAGUAAAGGUGUAUUUGGUGAAUAAAGUUCUUUAAACCAUAAGA